GGAUAAUAUUCUCUGCGAUAAUAACUGCCAACCUACUUGUAUUUUAAUACAAUCAUGCUCGAACAAUGAUUGUAAAAUUACUCACAGGCCGCAUCUGUAUAGAUUAGGCUGUUACAAUAUAACACUGUCCGCAAUUCAAUUUUAAUUGUAUAAAUGAAUUACAAUGUGUUAGGAUUCGGCGAAGUUUGUGCGUGAUUCAUAUUACUUGUACACUGUAGUACGAAAAAAUAAAAAUGUCUAGUGAAUAUGGAGCAUUGGAUGUGAAUGUGAAUUUGCCGAAGAGAGCAGUAAGCAAUACUAUAGAGUUGCCGCUGUUUUUGAACAUGGUCGCUAUAUCGUUAAGCGGUGCUGCAUUAGGAAAUAUAAUUUUAUAUCGAUCCUGCGUUCACGCGCUAAAUUUUCCGGAAGAGGAAUGUCGGCCAUUUCUUUCGCCGGUAAAAAAUAAUGAGACCAAUCAUUUAGAGGCUGAUGUUCAAAGAUAUGCCACAUUUGUAUCAACUGUGAAAAUGGUAUUGGAAGCCGUCGUACCGGCCUUCAUCUCGUUCUUCCUUGGUGCGUGGUCUGACACGUAUGGAAGGAAGCCUCUUAUGGUCUGGUCACUUUUAGGUUCAGCGAUAACGAGUAUGCUACUCGUCGUAUUUGGCUUAAUGGAUAGCCUCGGUCCUUGGUGGUAUAUUGCGACAGUAAUACCAUUUUCUAUGACCGGUGGUUAUGUGGUUCUUUUCACGGGGGCUUAUUGCUACGUCAGUGAUACGAGUACGAAGGAGAACACAUCUCUAAGGAUGACAAUGGUGGACGCCACUGCAUCAUCGGGUAGUGUGAUUGGUUCCAUCUUAAGUUCUUAUUUGAUACUAUCCAUUGGAAACGUGUACCUUCUACUUUUGACGUCUACUUUGAACGUAUUCUCUUACGCAUUUACUAACGUCUACAUAAAGGAGUCCUUAAAUGGUGCCUUACAGGGCGGAUCGUGGAGAGUGUUAGACCUACUAUUAGUUAAGGACAUGUUUAGAGAAUGCUUUAAACGUCGUCCUGAUAACAAGAGAACGCAAAUUAUUUUAAUUUCAAUAACGAAAUUCCUCCUAGUAAUUGUGUUGUAUGGUACAAGCUCUUUAGAAUAUUUAUUUACAAGAACACAACUGCAUUGGUCAUUACAAGACUUCACUAAAUACUCAGCCCUAAGUACGUCGUUAUCUUUCGUCGGCGGAUUCUUCGGUAUUAUGGUUGUUCAGAAAAUCUUAGGAAUAGGAGAUAUUUGCUUCGCUAUAUUUGCGAUCCUUAGCACUAUAGCGGAAUAUGUUCUAAAGAUUUGUGCUAUAUCGUGGUGGUAUAUGUAUUUGGGUGCUCUAAUAUCUGUAUUUAAAGGGCUGUCAAGCGCAUUAACACGUUCAUACAUAAGUAAAAUCCUGCCAUCAGAAGAUGUAGCAAAAAUAUUCGCACUGGUGUGUGGAUUUGAAGGUUUCGCGCCACUUUUAGCGCCGUUGAUCUAUAACUCUUUAUAUGCAGCCACUCUGACAACACUGCCCGGCGCCAUUUAUAUACUAAGCAGUAUAUUUUCGUUGGUCUGUGUCGUAAUGUUGGGAUUCGUACAAUAUUAUCACUGGAGAGGAUCGGGAGCGAAUUAUCAACGCAUUAAUUCUGAUUAAAUGGUGAAGAUGACAUCAUAACGGUUUUGGUAAAUGAACAACAAAUCAAGUACUUCAAAGAAUUAUAUAUCACUUGAUAAGAGAUUAUAUAAUAUGCAAUUGUGUUGGUUGGAUACCAACACUUUGACUUAACUUACAUUUUAUUCACUAUGCGAUGAGUGUUAAUGUUAGUAUAAAACGUGUUUUUUUAAUUGGAGGUUUAUCUGCAACGUGGAAGUAAAUAAAGACAUAAAUAGUUUUAAGCCUGUAUAUGUGGUGUAAACUCUGUACAUAUAACAACACUGAAGGAACUGUGCAUUUUACGGCAUUAUAGUUGUCGUAAAAUGGAGAGAAAAAAAUCUAAAUUAGAAAAAAAAGUUUAUGUCAGACCAGUGUUAUGAACAUGAAGUCGGCGGAGGCUCAGGCUCAUCCGUCCCAUCUUCAUCUCCUUAUUCUUGUUUCUCACUGUAUCCAAAAUUUCUUUGUCAUACUAAUAAAUAGGAGACAUGGAUUAACUAUAUGAUAACGUAUAGAUAAUCCAUUAGUCAUGGUCAACAACAAUCUACACGUCUGCAAGCAAUCCCAAUUUGAAAACAAAAGAACGAAAUAAACAAUUUUUUUUUAACAAAUGAACGCGUACGUUCGUACGCAUGAUGCCGACAGUCGAUUUUGCCUCGGGCUAGGAUAAUCGAAGUACGCAAUCAGCUGUAUUACGUGAUUACUCAAUUGUUGUUAUUGAGAGUAGGUGUAAUGCUAUGUAGACCUAGUAUCAUUCUAUGGAAGACAUAUCUUUAGGCAGUCCGUAGUUAAAUCAACAGCCGUAACAUGAAGUUUACACUAAAUUUAGAAAUAAAACAAUCUAUUAUUUGUACUUUUAUUAAGUUCCAAUCAGAAAAGUUUUAGAACAAUUACUUAUACUUAUUUAUCUUAAUGUACAGAAUCUUUGUACCUAUCUUUAUAUGGGAAUUAUGACUUUAUUCGCGUUGAAUAGCCAUGGGGAAAGUUAACCCUGUUGUGGUUGUAUUUGUCAAAAUACACCUUAGGUGCUCGACUAUUCUACUUAAAAUAAUCAUCACAGUCUAAUGUAAACCUAUGAUUUGUUACAUUUGUACAAAUGUUAGAAUAAACAGGCAUUCCCUGAGAUUCACAUAAAUGUAAUGAAAGUAAUAACGUAAGAAGUUUCACUUAGUUUUUCAUAAACAUCUAUUUGAAAAAAAUAUUAACAAUAACACUAGGAUUACUAAAGCCCACUCAUAUGUCCUAUUAGCCAUAGAGCUUAUUAUAACAAUUUGGAUAAAGGUAAUUUUUUAAUAAAAAAUAAAAUUCUGUACCUUAGAGGGCACACAACGGCCAUUUCUUUUAUAACAAUGAGUGGUCUUCAGUAUUACACCUUUUCAAACUCUAAAUUUUGAGCCAUUCGCUCGAGUAUAAACAUCAAAUGAGCAACAUAACAUCACAUAAAGUUACCGUAAUAUAGUAAGAAAAACUUUAAUCACUUAACGAAAAUAUUAGUACAACAAAGAGUUCCAGGAGAAUAUGCAUGUAAGGUUGGCGAACUUAAUAAUAGCUUAAACUAACAAUACUUGUCACAAUUUGUUGCAGUCUUUAAUAUAAUGGUUCACUCUAUGCACUUAUUGACAGGCCCACAUUGGAUGUAAACACUGAGAGUUCAAAAUAUCUAAAUACUACUUUAUUGAAUUUCAGUUUUAGGAGGAAAAAAAAACACUUGAAAAUUUCACUGGGCUAACAAGAGACACCAGUUUUGUAUGUAAAUUGGUGUACUCAAGCACCAAUGACACAAUCACUCAUUACCAUUCUUCUUCUGGCUCCUGGCCAGGGUCAGCAGAAACGGCAUUGUUGAAGUUCUGAAAAUAUAAAUAAUGUAAACUGCUAUGCAGAUAACACAAUGUAAUUGUUAAUAAAUUGAUACAUUUGUAUAUCAAAUAAAGAUAUGUAAACCAAAUUAAAUGUUAAUAUUAGACUUAGUUAUUAUUAACGAAACCAUUGUCUUCUUUCAUUUUAAUAAUAAUAAUAAUGUGUCCAAUGGGAUGUUUUAGUUCUUAAUAGGGAGAUUACUGUAUAUAUAGAUAUUAUAGAUAAAUUUGAUAUUUAAAUUAUUAUAUAAUGUUAUACAUAUUAUAUAAGCCACAAACUACAAAAUACUUCUUUAUACAUAUGAAGUAUAGGAAUUAUAUUAGUAGUAAAAAAUACUAAUCAUGCUGCAAAUUAUGUGUGUCAUACGAGUAUGAAAAUUAAAAGUUCAAACUACAA